AUGUCUUCAAUAGAUAAACUUCAGAAAUGUUUGCAAGAACUUUCCGAAUGUCGUCAAAAUAUUUUACAACUAUCAAAAAAUAGUCUCUUUCAAGAUAACGGCGAAGCGCUACGAUACUGCGAGGAUAUUGAACAGAUAGUUUUUAAUGACGUUGAUACCAAAGAACUAGAUCCAUUAUUCUUGAUGGAAUUGAUCAAUGUGACUGACAAAACUCUCGAAAAAGCAAAGAUUGCGCUAUUUGAAUUUCUGUUUCUUUAUAUCGAGAGAGUCAAAGCAGACAUCGAAUCAUACUCUGUCAACAUAAAGGAGGCAUGCUUGUCUAUUCUUCAAUUUGAUGAUGAAGCUUUGGUUCGAGCUGCAUCCUUCAAGCCAAUGAUGGCAAUGUUUGAUUCUAGUGUUCCCAUUAUUGAUCCUGAAAAAAUGCACAUACAAGAUGUCCUGAAGAGCAAGAUACAAUCGAGUACAAAAGUCAUGGCCGGAGUUUUGACAAUUAUUGGAAUAAUUUCGCGAAGGUUUCCUGAGCAAUCUGAGAAAGAUCAGGAUAAGAUUCUUCGCGUGUUCAUUCACAUGUUGAAAGAUAGAAAUCAUUCGAGCGCGGCGUUCAAAGGCCUACAUUCUUUUUUGUACAGUUUCCCUGAUGCUCCGCGAAAAGCGGGUAACGAGGGGUACGUGUUUGAGUGCAUUCAGCGAAGCAUUGCCAUGGUUGAAAAUGAAACGCGAUAUGAUAUAGCAAAAACCGGUUUCGACUAUAUAAUAAAUCACCCCUCCAUCUUUGGACGAUAUUAUCUGCAACACUACGAGGAAUUAUGGACGAGUCUUUGGAAAUGUCGCCAACACAUAAAUGUUGAUGUCAGGCGUGCGGCCUUUAGGGCCAUCGGCGAAUUUCUGAAGACGCAUUUCAUAUCGAUAUUCGUCAACAUAUGGAAAUCAAGCAAUUCCAAGCAAGAGCAAAAGAUGGAAAACGAAGAAAACGAUCGGCGCUCGAAGGAUCUUUCCAUCGCGGUUCGUGGUGUUGGAUAUUUCGCGGCGCCAGCAAAAAAAAUUAUGGAUGAAAAUAGAUUGCAACAAUUAUUUCACGAUUUGCUAAGACCAAACACUUGGGUCGUCUCAGGCGAUAAUGAGACUCUGGCAAACGUCUCGCAGAUUCCGCUGUUCAUAGAAGCUUAUUGUUAUAUUGGCAAGGAAUUCGAUGUCAUCUUUGAAGGAUUGUUGGAAACCAUUGAACGGGAAGUGGGAAUAAUGUUGAUCCAUUAUCCCCGAUUGACUCCUGAUUUACGCCUUCGCAGCGCAAAUGUGUUUGAGCAGUUGUUGUGGAUGUUGUACGACAAGGGAUCCGGCUUUCUCCAGAAAUUCACCUCCAAGAUAUUUUAUCAAGCAUUGAUUUUAACUUGCUCCGACGCAGUUCAGAGCCAAGAACGACCCGACUAUCAAGGGCAAAAUAUCUCCAAUGUUAUCAACACCGUUGCCGAUCACACGUAUCAAGAAAUGUUUGAUUUCUGGGAUCACAUAUUCAACGAUUCCACCUUGACAUGGGUUAAUCAGCAGAGUGGGCAUUCGAGUGGAAACCUAAAAGAUGGAGAAGCUGCCAAAGCCUUCUUCUCCAUUAUUUAUGAUGAAUUUUUUUUGACCGUAUUUCGAAUGAUCCAGGCGCUCAACUUUAAAGUGAUUGAUGUUGCGGCAGAGGAUUCAAGUAGCACGAUGAUCUCGGAAACCGAGACAACUCACGAAACUGUCGACUCCAACCUAAUAGCAAUUGCUGGAUCCGGUGAUCUGGAGAAUUUACAACCCAUGGUUUCCAAGGAUUUUGUUAUAUUUCAGAAUCUCGUGGACUUUUGGCAGUUGUUUUUGCCCCGGAUUAAGCGAGAAUUAUUUUCGAGAUGGGUUUACCUGUCAGCAUACGAUUUGAUUUCAUUCUCUACUCAGUACCCUUACGUCAGCGGUUUUUACAAAAUGCUGGAGUCCUGUUUGAAAGUGUGCGAAAAUAUUCAAUUCUUCAACGGCAUCAAAAAGUCAGGCGACGAGUCUAUCAUGGAAAGCGACUUUUGCGACCAAUUGUUGCCUUCCGCGACGGCAACACAACGCGCAAGUUAUUAUCUUUACGCGAAAUUUCUCAAGGAAGUUUGUGCACGAUUGGGUCAAUAUAAAGAUGAUUUGUUGACAUCGUGCCUUCGUCUUGUUCUCUCGGUUCCCAAGGAGCUUUUAUGUAUUGACGAUCUCAUAUCUCCGAUAUGCAUUGUCUUAAAGUUGGGUCAAAGCCACCAGCCGCUUGCCAACAUCGGUCUUGACGCGAUUGAAAAGAUCGUAGAUUUAAAAGGACCUCGAGAUUUGAGUAAAUGGCUUGAGAAGGUCCUACCCUUUUUCAACGAAUAUUUGCUAGUUAAAUCUGACAUGAUGGACAAUUCUCUGAAAGAGAUUGCACAGUUUCGGGAGAACGCUCAAAGAAAUAGGAGGACUCUAAAAUCAUUGGAAAAGGCACGAAAGCAGAAAAUAAGAGAGUCCGGAAUAAUAAAGUCUGCAAAAACAAUAGUCGGACAGCUUGAAAAAAAUGUGGGAUUGCAUGAUUUGCAACACAUGAGUCGAGCCUGCAUUCCAGAUCACCUGAGGUUAAGAGCAGAGGGUCCGUUUCAUAAAACAUACCUUCGCGUCUUUCCCGCUCUUUUGCGUUUGGCGAUUGACACCGACCAGGUUCCGAGAAAAUUGUUCCAAAGACUCGUUUCUCAGUUGAUACAUUGGUUCACCAAUAAUGCGCAAUACGAGAACCCGGAGACCAUCGCUCUGCUGAAAUGCUUCCUUGAAGCUAUAUGUGACUCCUGGAGUUCAUUGAGAGAUUAUGGAGCCAAAUGUUUAAAUGAAUUUUUAUUAUGGUCGAUUAAACAGUCCUCAGAACGGCAAAUAGAGGGAAAUCCGAUGAAUAUGAAAUCAUUAUUUAAGCGUUUGUAUGAUUUUUCUGCCCAUCCUGACUAUGCAAAACGACUGGGAUCUUCUUUGGCAGUUAAUCACAUCUACAGAGUUUUUCGCGAAGAGAGGCACUUGGUUGAUCAAUUCACUUUCGAGCUUUUGUACUGGAUGUUAUUUAACUUACGGUUAUCUGAACAGGAUCAAGAUGCCACGGGCACCAAACAACAAGCAAUAACAGCAAUUCGUCAUCUGAAAAAAAUAAUCAAAGCAAAAUACCACCUGUUUAUAAAGGAGGAAAAAAAUAGGCGAAAAUUUCCCGGUCUCGCCAGAGCGGAUUUGUCAUCUUUGGUGGAUUGGCUUUUUGUGGAAACAAGUCGAAGGGAAAGCGACUAUGCCAACAUGUGUCGAGAAUUGUUUGUCGAGUUUAUUGGCCUUCUCUCAGAUUUUAGUAGCGGCUCUCAUUGGAUCAUCGAGAAAAUUUCCGUGAAGCCCUCCUUUUUGUCGGAACUCUACAGGAUCUCUGCGCUAUCGGCACCUUUUGUCAACGAAAGAAGCGCGAAUUUACUUCAAAUAAACGAAUGGUGUAUUCGAUUCCUAUGUAUUCUGGAAAAUUACACGUGGCUUAUUAAGGAAAAAUUCGUGACUCCGGAAAUCUUGUUGCGAAAUGAGAUAUCAGAUUUCCGUGAGACGAUAAAUUAUUUUUUGGAUAAGAUGGUUUUGACAGCUGAUCUGGAACCUUUCCUCGAUGUUAUGGACGUUGAUGAUCAUCAAGACGCCGGUGUCGUAUCUGACCCCGAAAAAAUCUUGACACCGGCAGAGCGAUCGAAGUGGAAAAAGCUUCGAACCAGAAUGAUCGAUCGCCUUAUCGAUUUUAAUAUCGCGCUUCUUGAAGUUUCAGUUGACAACGACCCCAACACUUGGAGUGCAACAGUUUACAACGUUUCUUUCUUCAAGACUUUGGCAAAAUGUUUGUUCUACACCGAAAAAUUAAUAUCGGAUGGAAAUACGCGUGACAAUCUUUUAGGAAAGUUGCAAACUUUCUUGGCACUAUUCAAGCAUUCCAGCCAGUAUCACUUGAAUCAAUGUCUCCGAGAAAUAGCGGCUAUUACGUUUUCAGAGGAUGUUGAUUUGCUGAAUAUUGAAUUUGACAAGUCGGAAGACGAUGUCUACUCUGAAAAAGGUGAAAUUGUUAAAGCUUAUUGUCAGGGUAGACAAGUGAAAUCGAAAGAGUUGACGCGUAAAAUAAUGGAAAUCUCUCACAGAAUAAAGGCCAGAGGAGAUGUGAAUGAAUUUAUGAGCAAAGAAAUUAAAGAGGCCAUGUUCCUUCUUCGAUGUGCGGCAUACAACGCGUUGGCGGCAGUAAUAAUACGCACUCAAACUAAUCAACAAUUUUAUAAAACGUUUUUGUUCUCGGGCAAUCCCUCAAAUGGUGAACUUUUAUGGGAAAAUAUUGUUGAUCCGGAGAGUGUGGAUUUAUUUGAUAAUACAAUAACCGGUGAUCUUGAUGAAAGUUUGAACGGCGAUGAUAGGGAUCAAAUGAGUAUAGAAAUAAACGUGCCUUCCGAGCCAAAUGCAAAGGAAAGCUCCAGGGAGUUUGAAGUUGACAUCAUUAAUCUAAAUCCUUGCAUGAAAAUGAUAAUAAAAGUUAUCGAGCGGCUUCAUUCGGACAUCACUCCGCCCCCCUCCGAAUUGGCUGAAUCGAUGCCAGGGUGGAUGAACGAAAUGUACAAGAAAUUUUCACUCAAAGCAUUUGAAAAAUACGCUUCGUUCUGGAUAAGACCUUUGAUGAAAUUGAUAGUUGAGGGCGACUCUUUUGGUGAAGGGAUUAACUACUUUAUUCAGGAUUUAUCGGCUGUGAUUACCGUCUGGGGUUCGUUGAUUAAAUUGCAAUCGUAUGAAGACAAAGUGUUGAUCUACGAGCUGCUGAACUUCCUGAUGAAAAACGUUGUCUUUCGAAAUAACCUUCAAACGAUCAAAGGAAUAUUUGAGAUUUGGGCCGAGUCCAUCGUGGUUCCAACGCGUGUAAUUUAUGAUUAUAUCAACAGUACGAAUGAAGAUCACAUUUUAGCCGGUUUGCAACUGUUAGGAAUUGUGUUGGCACACGACAAACCUCCUUUUCAACAGGAAGUCGGAAUUGAUUUGGGUGACUUAACGGAUGAGAAAUUAUAUCGAAACCUCACGAAAAAACUGCGUCACACCAAAUAUACGAUACGCGACCUUUGCGCGGAGGUUUGUGGUAUGACCCUUAAGCAUCUCAGAAAGUAUCAUUGCUCAGAUGAUUUUAUGUCUGUUCUCUUGGAUCCAAUAUUGGAAACGGUAGCUGCCUUUUAUCAAAAUGUCAUGAACAAACAGACCGAUGCCAACGCGUUUCUCACAUGCGUGCACCACAUUGCGAUGCACGAUCCUCCAGUAUCGGAAAAAUUUCUUCGCUAUGUUUUUAACCUACUACCGCGCCUUAACGCGGUCAAUGAUAAAAAGUUUUUGGCCUUGGAGCUUAUCUCCUACU